AGAAUUCUAAGUUAAAUUACGUGUACUAGUUUUGUGUCAUAAGUGUACCUAUUUGCAACAUGAUAACACGUGGAUUGGCUCGUCAACGAGGCUAGAUGUUACACAUCAGGGGCGAAGACGAGACAAUGAACCCUCGGGGCCCGCAAGAGGUAUAAAUGCGCGCACGAGGAGGAUACCGGCGUCACAGGCCACACGGAAGAGGCCGACGCAGCACGAGGUGUCCCGAACCGGUCCGUAACGGGAGUCUGCCCCCCGGGAGCGCCCCAGCUGGUCCCGCAGUCCGCGACGAGCAUGACGACCGCGACGACGUGGCUGUUGCGGCUGGCGACCGCCGCGUGUCUGGCCGCGCUGGCGUCCGCACGCAACUCCUCCGACGACAACGCCUUGGAGCACGCCGAGGGCCGCGCCCGCCAGGGCAAGGACUUCCUGGACUGGAUCGGCCUGGGCACCGGAGCCGACACCGACCCCUACCUCGCGCGCGCCAACUCGGCCUGCCUCGGCGGCGACUUGUCCGAGUGCUUCAAGUCGCGCGCGCUCGCCUCGCUCGACGACUUCUUCGCCAAGGACUCGUACGCGCUGACGGAGAACGCGCGCGUCGUGCGCAUGCCCGACGCGCAGCUGCGGCGGCUCGUCGCCGAGCCGUACGAGUUCUCGACGGAGCCGCGCGCCGACGAGCCCGAGUGGGACCAGUUCGUCAAGUUCCUGCUGCGCAAGGUGGAGCGCUUCGUCAAGUCGGCGGCGGUGGAGGUGCAGUUCCCCGCCGAGGUGACGGAGGCGGGCCGCUACUCGCCGCGCUUCGUCGACGAGAUCGCCGAGGAGAUAGACGUGCUGGAGGACAAGCACGCCAGCCCUUUCUCCCGAAAGCGCCUGAAGAAGCUGCUGAUCCCCAUGCUGGUGAUCCUGAAGCUGUUCAAGCUGAAGCUCUUGCUGUUCCUGCCGCUCAUCCUGGGGCUGGCCUCGUUCAAGAAGCUGCUCGGCUUCCUGGCGCUCGUCGUGCCGGGCCUCAUCGGCUUCUUCAAGCUGUGCAAGCCCGACCUGCACCACAACUACGGCGCGCACGGCCACAGCAACUACUACCACGCGCCGCCCCACCACGUCCGCCCAUACGCCCCGCAGUCCGGCGGCGGCGGCCUCCACUACAGCAAUGAAGGACCGAGCUACUAUGGCUCCCCGUACAACAGGGAUGCAGACUCCUACGAUUCAUCGCAGCUCACAGAGUACCACUCCACAGCUGACGACGCCGGCUCGCCCGUCACCUUCAGGGAGCAGCGCGACGUCCACCAGAUCGCGUUCCGGGCGCACGACCCCGAGCGUGCCAGAUGAGCACACCACCUGGUUCGCGUGCCAAGGCGGAGUAAGCUUCAGAUGAGCACACCACCUGGUUCGCGUGCCAAGGCGGAGUAAGCUUCAGAUGAGCAUACCACCUGGUUCGCGUGCCAAGACGGAGUAAGCUUCAGAUGAGCACACUACCUGGUUCGCGUGCCAAGGCGGAGUAGGCUUCAGAUGAGCACACUUUUUGGUCCGAAUGCCAAGGCGGAGUUCGCUUCAGAUGAGCACACCUUGUAAGUCACUUUUCAAGUGUAUUCUGUGGAACAAAAGUGAGAUUUUCAGGAUUAGCAAACAAUUUGUCUGGAUAUUACUGGAUGGAUUGUUUAAGGUGGCUUAUUUAUAGUGCAAGGAACAUCUCCGUGAAUAUGAAAUAAUAUUUAUUCAGUUUAAAUGUUUAAAAUUUCACUUGGAUUGAACUGUUUAGUCGCGCAAGUGAAUAUACCGAAUAUUUAUUUACUAUUUUGUUACAGAAAGCUGAAUUUGUGGUUUCUUAUUUACGAACUAUACGUACUUAUCUUUUUAUACGUACUUAUUAUCAUUGUAUAAUGUCAAGGGUUUUGUGCAGUAUUUUCAGCUCUUAAUUAAUAAACAUUGUUAAAUCUUUAGGCACCAUGAAUUCAAACAAUAUUUUCUGCUGCAAGAUUAAAAAAAAAAUAUCAAUUCCUGUAUAAAGUUUCAUUAUCAUUCUUUCAAAAACCAUCGAGUUUACAUUUGAAGACUAGUAAAAUUCACACAGAGCCAAAUAUAUGGCUUUUAUUUAAAAUUAUACUUAUAAAAUCACCUAUAUAAUAAAGGCUUUAAACUGGUAGUAUUCUAUACCUUAAAAUAGAAUGCAUACACUCUUUACUAGAUUAAAUUUUUGUUCUGGUUAAGAAAUAUCACCUCUAAGCAUAAAAACCCUGGAAUAUAAGUUAAUUUGUUUUCCUUUAGUAAGUUAUACAGUGUUUAGGCCUACACUGAUAAGAAAAGUGCGUAUGUAUUCCCCUUUGGUUUAUUUGCAAUGGUAGGGAGGCUCAUUAAAUUUUAGAAAUUUUAUUUCACAGUACUUUUGUCAUUACCCAUAUAAUACUGAUAUUGUGAUUUACGUAAAUGUUUGUGACCAGUGCUUUAUAACCUUCACUUAAAUAUUAUAUUUUUCUCUUUGACAAAACACUCCAUCGCAGUACUUCAGUUCUGGCCACAGUUUAGCAUCCAUGUUUACAAUUCUUUGCUAGUAUAUAGUGACCUCUUGACACCUAUGUGUGUGCUACUAAAUUGUGAUCUCAAGUUUCUCCAUAAUCUCAAAUAUAUGAUCACAUGUAAUCAACAUGCAUACAUCCGUUCCGAUGUAUACCCGUCAAGUACAUAUGGUAUUUCAUUUUUGUGUGGUAGCUGCUUAGUACCGUUAACAUAAACCAGAUUGUUUUCAAUCAUGUUUUGUAUUGUACAGUGCUACUUCGUAAUUAAAAAUUUUGUACGUACAUAAUUGUGUUGAUUUCUGUUAAUUUUUAAUGUUAGAGGGUAAAUAUCUUGUCAAGAAACCUUUAAAUGUACCUAUAAAAUGUGUCUACAUAAUUAAAAUUUGGCAGAUUUAACAACUU